CGCGCUGUUGUCCGCGUUCUCGAACCUCGAUUCUUCUUCGUACCAUCACCAUCUCAUUACCACGCUUAUAAUGUCCGAAGAACUGAUGUCGAAGGAGAUUGCAUCCCGGCUAGGGUAUGAAGUCGCGUCAGAUCCUAAACUUCUGGAGGAAUGUCUAUUGAUAUGUCGAAUAUACAAUCUUACACCUGAACAACUCCAGUUCAAAUGGGAAGCAGCUACUUUCUCGUCGACACCGGCACGCGCACACGAAGCAGCGCGGUUCACGAUAGACUCGCUGGCGGGUGUGAAAGCACAGAUCAAACGCGAGAUGAAUCAGAAUAGUGCUACUAGAGCUCGGUCUAGGAACUUCUCUGGUGCAGCAGUUGUAAAUCGCACAAGAUUGCCCCAGUUUAUGCAUCAAAAUAUCAGGAAGAACGCUGGAAGGGUUGGCAUAGGGGAAGUUCAGGUCAAGGCAGAGACCGGACUCGAACCAAUGAGUCUUGCUGGACCAAGUAGAUCUACAAGUAAAGUUGCUUUCAAGGGGCCAAAAAUGGACGCGUCGUCUCGCAAGAAUCGAGGGUAUCUUUAUAUGUACGAGAAGUUGUCAGAAAGGAGUGAAGUGCUGGAUGAACGGAUAGACGAGUUUGCGGAACUGGUUAGAGAACAUUAUGGCAUUACUGAACUUGGAGACCCUUCUUCUGCAUCCGACGCAAAAGUUGUGGUUGUUGGACGAAUCACGUAUGAUUCUGAGACGCCGCCAUCUAACGCCAAAUUGACCGAGGCUACUCUCACAUUAGAGUCAUCUCGAAUGAUCUCUAAGGGCGUGAGAGUACCUAUUCGCUUCGAGGAAUCUAUCAAAAUACGUGGAGGUGCAAAGGGAGCUGGCGGCCUAGCCCUUUUCCCUGGUGCUAUCGUCGCAUUAAGGGGUAAGAAUGGCAGUGGUGACUGGUUUUUGGCGAGCGAGAUCCUUACACUUCCCCCAAUGAAAAACUCGCCAUCGUCAGUCUCUGUGCCCACCAAACCUGACCCUGCUACCGCAGACACCUCGUUUUCUAUGGUUGUCUGUUGUGGCCCGUAUACACCAGAUUCUGACCUGAAGUUCGCGCCAUGGCAGUCGCUCUUAAAGAAGUUGAAAACAUCUCGGCCUCCUGUGAUUGUUUUGACUGGUCCUUUCCUGGAUUACACCCAUCCUCUCAUUGAACGCGGCGAAAUAGACGAGACUCCUCUCGCCCUUUUCCAUAGAAUAUUCCUGGAUCCACUUCGUCAAUUACUUGACUCUUCCUCUGGUAGUAUCGCGAUACUCGUACCCAGUGUUCGGGACCUCAUCAGUUCGCAUGCGGUGUAUCCUCAAUGCGAGUUUCGCUCCGAGGUAACCAAACACGACGCAAGAAUACAUCUUUUACCGAACCCAGCGAGGUUCUCGGUCAAUGGGGUCACGUUCGCGUCUACCACCGUAGACGUCUUAUUCCAUCUUCGUAAAGAGGAAAUCACUAAACGAGGCGAGGAGAUCGACUCUAUAGCACCCCAAUUCCCGGAAGACACCGGCUCCGAUUCGAUGGGAAAUUCAUGUCGACACUUGCUGCAGCAAAGAAGUUUCUAUCCUCUAUUUCCUGUUCCUUCGGACGUAGCCGCGGAAGUCAAUUUGGACGUGAGCCAUUCACAAGCCUUAAAGUUGAAUGGUGGAGACACGGAUGAAUCUGAAUUCGCGCCGGAUGUGUUUAUCAUUCUGAGCAAGUUGAAACAAUUUAGCAAGAGGGUGAACUCGACGCUAUUUAUCAACCCUUCGUGUGUCAGUAAGGGUAUUUAUGCAACGUUGAACUUCGCAGGGUCGGAACCUGGUGUAUCACUGGCAGGCAGGUUGAAGGGGGAGGUCAUUAAAAUACAGGGGGACGAAUAGGUCUCUCUUUUGAUCUAUCGUUGAUAUCGCGUUGUACUUUUCUGGCUCUGUGUAUGAAUGUAUGUUCCAUGAUCAU